AUGAUCGACGACCCUGCAUCUGCGCCGAUACAGCGCUGGCCGACGCCGCCGCCGCCCUCCAUGCCGGAGCCGGCGCUCCCGCCCGGCAUCUCCCCUCGAACCGUCACGCUCCGCGACGGCGCCACAGCGGCGACCAUCAUGCCCUUCACCUCGCAGGACGACGUCCCCGCGUCGCUGCUGCGCUUCCUCUGCGACCUCUUCAACGCCGAGAUCGAAGCCGGCGACACGUACCCCGUGGUCGAGCCCCUGCCGUUCGACAAGUUCGCCGCCUACUGGUUCCAGAACUUUGCGGCCGUGAUGCUCCUCAGCGACGCGGAAACGACGGCCGCCGGUACUUCUGCUGUCGUUGCUGAUGCUGAUGCUGGUGCUGCUGACGCACUGCUGCCGCCGCUGUGGCGCGAGGACACGGACUGGGCGUCCGUGUGUCUCGGCAGCUACUACGUCAAGCCAAACUACCCCGGGCGCAGCAGCCACGUCUGCAACGCCGGCUUCCUCGUGGCGCCGUCGGCGCGCGGGCGCGGCGUGGGCCGGCUGCUGGGCGAGAGCUACGUCGACUGGGCGCCGCGGCUGGGCUACGAGUACUCCGUCUUCAACCUCGUGUACGAGACCAACGUGGCUUCGUGCCGCAUCUGGGACGCGCUGGGCUUUGAGCGCAUUGGCCGCGUCAAGGGCUGCGGGCGGUUGAAGAGCUAUCCGGGGAGGAAGGUGGAUGCCAUUGUGUAUGGACGCGAGCUUGGCGGCGAGGCAGACGGCGGCGGGACCGGAGACACGAAGGACGUGAACGGGGCCAACAGCGUCAACGGGACUAACAAGGCAUGA